UGCUCGUCUUGUAUUUCGCCUCCGCAAUUCAUCUCACAUGCCUAUAUUCUCCAAGAAGAUCACCCCUACCAGCAUCACAGCUGACAUUGACCAAGCGACCAAUCCUACUCAACAAGAGCUAGACUGGGGUUUGGUGGUUCAAAUAAGCGAAGCCAUUAACAAGACUGAUCUUGGCGCCAAAGAAGCUCGAAAACUGCUUCAAAAGAAAAUUACUUCUAACAAUGUGGAGACACAAGUUCUGGGCUUUCAACUCCUGAAAGCACUUUCAGAAGCUGCACCACAAAAGUUCCAUGAUCAGCUGAUUGCAAAGUCUUUCAUUGAAGAUCUGAACAAAUUGGCUUCUAAUAAGGCAUCUGACCCUCGUGUACAUGGAGCCAUGAUCGAUGCAUUGCAAUCGUGGGCAUCUCAAUAUCGACAAGAUUCCAGCAUGGAUGAUCUCCUUCGUAUUCACGACCGAUUGACUGCCGAUCCUGUAGGCACACACGGUCGUUCACCUCGUACGCACAGAGCUCCUCAAGAACCUUCUUUGCCACGCGAGGAAGACAUCCCAGGUGACAUUGAACUGGCUAAAAACAAUUGUCAAGUUCUGUCCCAAACCUUGUCAUUCACCGACCCUAACACGGAAGACAUCACCAAGAAUGAUCUUAUUCAGGAGUUCUAUGGUAAAUGCAAGGAUCUGCAUACGACCAUUAUGCGUCAUUUACAGACAGCGUCUGAUCCUGACAUGAUAUCUUCAUUAUUGGACACCAACAGUGAGUUGGUCAACGCAUUCAAGACAUACGAUGAUAUGUUGGAACGAAGUGCCUUGCAACGAGCCACUAGUGCUUCGACGGAAGAUGUUCAUGCACCAGCACCUCCAGUGCAGGAAGGCCAGUCACAACAAAUACAACAACAACAAACAGCGACGAUUAGCCGUGAAGGAGACGCUUUGGCUGCACCCUAUCUCAACGAAAGAACCACGAGUGCAACUUUGAUCGAUUUCGGUGCCCCAACUCCGACUCAGGAGUACCCACCUUCGCCGCCGUAAGUGUAAAUGCGAACGUAAACAAGGGCCCCAUUCUAGGAUAAAAUAGGGAGGGGUAGUUAACGAACGAUGAGGGGAUAUGAACAAACAAUAUC